CAGAGCCACACAGACGUAGUGUAGGGUGGCCGUCACGAUGGGGUACUGUAGUGGAGCAUUGUUUAUACUUAUUGUGCUGCUGCAGUUCCGCGGAAACAUAUCUUCAGCUAGCAUGUGCUACGAGCGUCAGUACUCGUACUACUUCGGCUAUUACUACUACUACACUUACUAUGACUACUGUUCCGCCGGUUGCUGUGGUUACACUACCUCCCGAUACUGCUGUACCUCGUACUACUCCUACAACCCCACAUACUAUAGAAGUAAUGAUUCAGUGAUUGGUGUAAUCGUUGGAUCUACUGUUGGAAGCGUGGUCUUCUUUGUAGUGAUGGUAACUGGGAUCUGUUGUUUCUGCAAGCAUAUCAACAAAAACAAAGUUGGCCGUGUCAUGGUAGGCCCCGCACCAACUGGGCCACAGGGUGUUGCUACAGUGAGCAAUAGUAUGAACAUCCCCAUGCAACAGCAGAUGCCAGGACAGACUUAUGGCUACCUACCGCAGCAGGGUUACCAGGCGCCCCGGGCCUUCACUCAACAGGCCUACCCUCCUCCAGGCUAUCACUCGACUGCACCAAUAGUACAACCAGGGAAUUCAUCGGAGCCUAUUGCACAAUCGAGCAACGUUCCAUCUGCUUGGAACAGCGCCGGACCAGCAUCAACCCAAGAAAAGCACUAAAGUACUGGUAAAGUGCAUUCGUAACCGAUCUGACGAGUGAACUUGGAAUGUCCCCGGACUGCAUUAUAUCUUUUCCCCAACCGCAGCACACAGAACAUACAUAACUAUAACUAUAACUCUAUGUUAUAUUUUCAAGGCUUAAUAUUUCAGUUAAUCAUUCAGAUUUCGUGAUAUAUCAACUUUUAGGUUAUUAAGAAGGAUGCAUAUUUCUAACGCUUUAUCAUAGAAGUAGUGACUAGGUUAGUGUGUGUUUGUGUGUGUUCUUGUUCUUUUCGCUGCUUCCAUUCGUCAGGAACGAGUCAAUCAACUGUAUGCUUUAAAGAAAGAAAUAUGAACGUAUUUGGGGUUAAUAUAACGUGCUGGGAUGUAUAAAGCAUGAUACGUCAACAAAUACAUAACCGUAAAUAUUUCAUGAACUCCGACCCAUAAAAACAUAACAGUAAAUGUUUCACGAUUAAGAUAUUUCAAGCUCACAAAUACAUUACAGUAAAUAUUUCACGAGUAACAUAUUUCAAGCUCACACAUACAUUACAGUAAAUAUUUCACGAGUUACAUAUUUCAGGCUCACAAAUACAUUACAGUAAAUAUUUCACGAGUUACAUGUUUCAAGCUCACAUGUACAUUACAGUAAAUAUUUCACGGUAACAUAUUUCAGGCUCACAAAUACAUUACAAUAAAUAUUUCACGAGUUACAUGUUUCAAGCUCACAAAUACAUUACAGUAAAUAGUUCACGAGAUACAUAUUUCAAGCUCACAAAUACAUUACAGUAAAUAUUUCACGAGUUACAUGUUUCAAGCUCACAAAUACAUUACAGUAAAUAUUUCACGAGUUACAUUUUUCAAGCUCACAAGUACAUUACAGUAAAUAUUUCACAGUACCAUAGUUCAGGCUCACAAAUACAUUACAGUAAAUAUUUCACGAGUUACAUGUUUCAAGCUCACAAAUACAUUACAGUAAAUAUUUCACGAGUUACAUGUUUCAAGCUCACAAAUACAUUACAGUAAAUAUUUCACGAGUUACAUAUUUCAGGCUCACACAUACAUUACAGUAAAUAUUUUACGAGUUACAUAUUUUAGGCUCACAAAUAUUUUACAAUGAAUAUUUCAUGAGUUACAUAUUUCAGGCUCACAAUUACAUUACACUAAAUAUUUAAAGAUUUCUACAUUUAACGUCUACAUAUGCAUGUUGGCAUAUUUCACAUUCACAAAUACAUAACAAUAAAUAUUUCACGAGUAACAUAUUUCACAUUAACAUAUUGAUCACGGUUAAGAUUGAUGAAAUACGAAUUUUAAGAUUUCAUUACCUAUUGAUACAGUUGAUGGAGUAUUUUGUAUAUAUUAUUUGUCACAGUAUGAGGUAUAGAUUUUCUUCAAGAUCCAGUCCAUAUAACGCAAGUGUACCUAAAAUGGGACAUUUUAAGUAAAAUAUUAAGGAACUUUAUACCCUUAUAUCAAUUCUAAUUUUUCACAGAAAUUUAUCAUGUAACUGUACUCUGAAAGAGACAUUUUGGUGUAUUUGCCAAUAUUGGAGGAUUCACGAUCAAUAUGAGAAGAAAAUUACCAACAAUUCAAUUAUUUUGGAUUCAAAAACAAUUCCGGUCAAAUCUGUUCUCGAAUUUAUCAUUAAUUUUGAUCAGGAUGAAAUAUGUUUUUAACUGAUAUGAAAGUAAAAAGCGUCAUAUGGCACAAAAAAAUCCGAAAGUAACAUGUUCGUUUUCAUUGAUAAAAUAAAACUGUCCGUGUAACCAUAAUCAGCAGUCUAUGUACAGUUUAAUUGACAUCAAAGUAACAUUAAGUGAAAAUUACAAACAUAAAAAUACGUUAGAUGUAUUGUACGUCAAUUUCUUGGGCGGGGCUUUACCACAAAUGAACCCUUUUGAGUAAACUGACGUUUGAUUUUAACAGUAUCCAAAUGUAUGUAGAUUUGAUACAUUUCUGGAGUAUGUGUAUUUGUAACAGUACCAUAAUUAUAUAGAUUAUAUACAGAGACUUAUAUCUGUAGAUGAGUUACAGUAUCCAUUGUGUUUGUUUUCUUUUGUCCUCCUUAACAUCUUUCCCUUUCUUUUUGGCAGUUAUCAAUCAUUAGCUCUCAACUUUUACACAAUUUAAAUGGACUUUUCAUUUUUGUCGUUAUGCUAGUUAUUUAUUUAUUUUUCGACGUUGCUGCCAUUAUGUACACAAUGCGGCAUAUCAAACGUAAAUUUACAACUAAGAACAUUAUACUAGUUUCUAAGAACGAUAUUUUAACUUGUUAAAUUAAGAUGGGAAUCGUUAAUACUGCAUCAAAUUAGUCAGGCUGUGGCUAUUUUAUUGCGGCACAUUCAGCACAUUCAGCUUAGGAUUACAUACACAUCAGUGUCUCAGCUGACAGCUUGAUCAACAUAACUCAUUAAACUGUUGGGUAAAACUAGCACUAUCAGAAACAGAACUAUGUAAAAUGUAUCUAAUUAGUUAUACCGGCUAUAUUUAAUCAUUAAUUGUUCUUAAUUAUUGAAGUUUUCAUAGACUUUAUUUCUUGCAGAUAGAUAGUUAUCAGUUUUAGAAUUAUUUUGAUAUUUUGACUCAUUGUGUACUCAAUAACGGAACUUAUAUUACAUAGAACAUUAUUAUGAGGGUUCGUAUCCAUUCCUUUUGUUUUAAUAUGAA